GGGAGAGAGAGACAGAUGUGGAGGACGAGAGCGGCUCUGGAGGAGGACUGAGCAGUAAUCAUUGUUUCUUGGCUGACUGCACCUGAGCGCUGCUACGGUGCCAGAGUGAGAGCUGCCUUCUGCAAAUUAUGGAUUGUCAUAUGUGCCCCUGAAGAUUAACUGAAUUGUUGGACUUGAACAAGAUGGAGAACAAUACGACCAUCUUUCAGGAUGUCACCCAGGUUGUAAAUCUGACACAAAUACCUCUGAACCCACUUGAAGAACAAGUCAUAACAAUAUUUUUGACAAUGCUCAUUUGUGGAGUGGGGAUUGCUGGGAACAUCAUGGUGGUGCUGGUUGUACUGCGCACUAAGCACAUGGUGACCCCGACUAACUGUUACCUCGUCAGCUUGGCUGUGGCAGACCUCAUUGUGCUGCUGGCUGCAGGCCUCCCCAACAUCUCUGAUGUUGUAGCCUACUGGAUAUACGGCUACACGGGAUGCUUGUGUAUUACUUAUCUCCAGUACCUCGGCAUCAACGUGUCAUCCUGCUCCAUCACAGCGUUCACCAUCGAACGAUACAUCGCUAUUUGUCACUCCAUAAAGGCACAGUUCAUAUGCACUGUCUCCAGGGCCAAGAGGAUCAUAGCUGCAGUAUGGAUCUUCACCUCGCUCUACUGUACCAUGUGGUUCUUUUUAGUGGACACAAAUGAAACUGUCUACACCAACGGGGUGGUGGUCACCUGUGGCUACCGUGUGUCCAGGAGCCUCUACAUGCCCAUCUAUUUCCUGGAUUUCACUCUGUUUUACGUGAUCCCUCUCAUUGUGGCCACUGUGCUAUAUUGGCUCAUUGCAAGGAUUUUGUUCAUGAGUCCGUUGCCGUCACACCUGAACGACCGAGCCGGAGGAGGGUCAGUUCACCAGGGUCCCUCCAGCAGCACCGGCAAGACCAACAAGGGAGCAGUCUCUGCAAGAAAACAGAUAACAAAGAUGCUGGCUGUGGUGGUGGUCCUCUUUGCCUUGCUCUGGAUGCCAUACCGAACGCUGGUGGUGGUCAACUCCAUGAUUGACCCGCCUUACCACAACAGCUGGUUCCUGCUCUUCUGCCGGAUGUGCAUCUACACCAACAGUGCCAUCAACCCCAUCGUCUAUAACCUCAUGUCUCAGAAGUUUCGCGUUGCGUUCAAAAAGCUCUGCAAGUGCAGCUGGCGACACAAAGAGGCCGAGUACAAUGUGCCGAUGUAUUACAGCGUGAUGAAGAACUCGACCAGCAACGAGCCAGUCACAGAGCAGGAGGAGGUCAGCAGCCACACCGCCAACAGGUUCACUUCGUCUCCAGCAGAUGAUGACGCAAGCACACUCAACAUUUCUAAAUGAAAACUUUGGUUUGUUCAGGUCACUAGAAAAUUUUUUUUAAAACGUGUGCAUGAUGAUUUAUUUAUGAAAAUCCUCAAUUUUAAUGUCUAGGUUUUGUUUUAAAAAGUACUGACUAGAUUAGAUUUUCUUCUUGAUAACUGUGAAGCAAGUUUUAUAUGUGGUGUUGUACUUGUGGUACUUUUGCAUCAGUAUUGUAACUACACUAUAAAUAGAGUACAGUCUGUCAGCCCAAGCUUUAGUGUACUUUAAACUACUCAGUGGGUCAUUGUGGUAUUACAAAGGCUACAGUGUUACAUAAAAUUUGUAGUUUUUUCAAAUGCAUUUGGAAGUUAUGUACUCACCAUUUCAGUGCACAGUGAGAAUAACCAGGAUUGACAAACAUUUACAUUUUUUAUGCAUGUGUUGCUGUUGCUUCAAAUGCAUAUUUUAAGUUUUAGCUGGAGGUAAAGUUCAGACUUUUUGUCAGCUACUUUUUUCAAAAGCCAUUUCCAUGCUAGCAAAUCCUGUUUUGUCUCUCUCCAUAACAAGUGUGCUUGUGCUGUGCUUUUCAUUCUUGAAGGGUCCUCUGCACUCAGAUGUACCACACUUUUUAACAGCACUGAUGAUACACACAACACAUUUUAUCCUCGUUUUUUGAGCACUAAAGUAAUGCCAAAGUCCUUAUAGGCAAGUCUCGCCACUCGAGAGCCAUCAUGGUAACGCCCACAAGCAGUUAUUUUGAACGAACAAUACCAGGUCUCUAUCUAAAUGAAUGAAGGCGGGAGUUAUAACUGUAAUUUUAUUGGUCAUUUGGACAACAAAAUAUCAUGUAUACAAUCAACAGUUAAAUCUGAUAAAGUUUGCCUGUGACUUUACCCUACAAUUAAGUGUUAAAAGCAUUUCAUUGCUUCGUGAUACCACAGUUCUGUCAAUGCAACAAAUUGUUGGAUUUUCCUGGUUUGGCUGUUACAAAGUGGACAAUUGGCUUUUUGGAGAGAUGAAUGUCAUAUAACCACCAUCUCUGGCACUACACAAUUCUCACAUAGAUUUCUGUUCAGGAUUAUUUAAGUUAGAAUCACCUAGGUGUGACCAAAGUGUGUUCAAAGCUAAUCAGCUUCUCCUGCUGAAAGGUAGCUUUAAUUUCGAAAGUCAGCUGUUUUUACUACUUAAACUACAUAACUUUAAGCCUUGACACAGCCUUGGUUCACCUUUUCACAAACAUUACCUGGUUAGACCUACUGUUUGAACUUAACUGACUUGUUAUUUUAGUCUCCUUAUAGACUUACCACAUAUGACCACUUCCACCAUUACUGCUUUUAAUUGAAUUCACAUGUAACUCACAGAUUAGCUCCACUUAAUUUCAACAUCACUAAAUUAGCUAGAAUUAUUGAAAACAUCUGUGUGGUGUAUGUGGCCUUCUGUGUUUCAAGUCUCAGUCUGGAGCAGAUAAAAUGUUUUGCAUCAUGUCACAACUACCUCCUCAUCCUUCCACUGAAACUAUGUCUGACUCCGCAAGAACUCAUGUGCAGAACAACCUUGAAUCAUCGGGUUUCCAGUGUGGGUGUUAAGAUGUAAUCAGCAUGAAAUACAUCUGCCAAGUCAGAGAAUGAAAAUAGAGUUGUCAUUUUAGCCACGGGUAAAGCACAACAAAUCUGACAGCAGACACGCUAAUGAAAAAAAAAUGUGAUGCUAAUUGUCGUCAACAAGUUUGCAUCGCCCUCGUCUUGCUUCUGCCCUGCCUCUGCAUCUUAACGCAUCCAGCAUCCUACUUGUCAACCUUGUAUAGAAAACACCAAUAUGAGCUCCAUGUAUAAAACACUUACACAGUCUGUUUAAUAUAUUUAUCUUUUCUGUACUUCACAUUUUGUGAACAGACUCAUGGUUUCCUAUGGUAUUUCCAGAUCCUUUUACAUCCCUAAAUGUAUAUAAUCUCUAUUUAUGACAGUUUUGUGUGCUGAAUUAAAAUACAUAUUGACAACA